GCGGGAGGGGGCGGGGUGGAGGGAGGAGAGAAGAUGGCGGCGAAGGGCGGCAAGAACGGGCUGCUGGAGAAGUGGAGGAUUGAUGACAAACCAGUAAAAAUUGACAAGUGGGAUGGAUCAGCUGUGAAAAAUUCUUUGGAUGAUUCUGCCAAAAAGGUUCUCCUGGAAAAGUACAAGUAUGUGGAGAAUUUCUGUUUGAUCGAUGGCCGCCUCAUCAUCUGCACAGUCUCCUGUCUCUUUGCCGUCGUGGCUUUGAUUUGGGAUUAUCUGCAUCCCUUUCCUGAAUCUAAACCUGUUCUCGCUUUCUGUGUGGUAUCAUAUCCUUUCCUGUUUGAUGACAAAUACACCCUGAAAUUGACUUUCAUCAGCGGGAAAACCAAACAGCCGAGAGAAGCAGAGUUCACCAAAUCUAUCGCUAAAUUCUUUGAUGACAAUGGAACAUUAGUCAUGGAGGUCUACGAACCGGAAAUCUCCAAGCUUCAUGACAGUUUGGCCACGGAAAAAAAAACAAAAUAACUAUUCCAAUGGCCAUCUUCCUGCGUGGAUCAUACUAAAUUAAUACCAAUAAAUAAAGUGAAAUAGCAAAGAAUGUUACUUGCCUCUGUUUUUGUCCUGAAAUCCUAUUUAAUUCUGGAUAAAGCAGGAUUUUUAAACUUGGAUCCGAGAUCUUGAAGCUAAUGCCUAGCUACAGACAGUCUUGAUCUGUAUGGUUGCAGUGUUUAACCUGCCUUUCAGGUUGCUCUGUCACUUUUGAGAUGAUGUUGGAUGACAUUUGACCUAUCAAAGACCUUUAGGAGGGAGGUUUUUGCUCAAUGCUGUAUUGACUUCCUCCUUUUUACCUGGCAGUGCUUUAUAGUGUGUAGCUCUGUGCCAUGCAGUGUUUGGGGGAUUUUAGCAUUCACAUUUCGCUGACUUCAUUUUAUCCUCUUCGUAGUGAAUCUUUGUUAGGAAUUCAGGACAAAACCUUUAUGUAAAACAACUCUGUCCAUUCACAAACAAGUGUUUUCUUUAUUUUUAUAUUUAUCUGAUUGGGGAGUGGGUGGGUGGGAUCGAUUUUUAUAUCAAAUCCUUUUAUCUAUUGGAAGGGAAAAAUAUCGAGACUGCAAAUAUGCUACUUCUGUAUGUUAGAGCACGAAAUUUAUCGACAAGGUGAAAAAAUAAAAGCAAUGGCAUUUUUAGAGCUGUAAAUGUCCUUCAUGUUUGUCCAACUGGCAUAUUUCGUAUUGAGAUUCUGUUCAGUUGUGUCCCUGAUAUAAACUGUCAUUUUUCUAAAUGAUUUUUUUUUUCAAUAAAAGGAAAGAACAGAUGUGAAAA